AUGCAUUGGCCUUGGUUUUGUCAUCAAUGCUCUUCUGUUCAUGUAGACGAGGUUAUCAAGAAGUACAAGAAUGCAAAGUCAAAUUUAGAAGAAUUGCAGAAGCUUGGAGCAUACUUGUUACAUGGAGUUGAUGCUACCCAAAUGAAAUUUCAUCCAGAUUUAAAAAUGCGAAGGUUUGAUCGCAUUAUAUUCAACUUUCCUCAUGCAGGCUUUCACAGGAAGGAAGGUGACUUCAUAAUGAUCAAGAUGCAUAUGGAUCUUGUGUUUGGAUUCUUCAAGAAUGCAAGUCACAUGCUUAGGAUUAAUGGUGAAGUUCAUAUCAAUCACAAAACUACUCCCCCUUUUGAUACCUGGAACAUAGUGAAGCUCGCCGAGCAAAGCUUUCUGAUGAUGAUCGGGUGUGCUGAUUUCAAGCAAGAAGAUUAUCCAGGUUAUAACAAUAAGCGAGGUCAUAAAUCUCGAUGCGAUGACUCGUUUCCUCUUGGUAAGUGCAGCACUUUCAAGUUUAUAUAUAAUCCUAGAAGUAUGAAAGACCAUUUAAGGAGAAAUCAUAUGGAGGUUUCUAGACAGCAGAUAACAACAAAUCUUCCAUUUGAAGAGAUUCAGAACACGGAGCGAUUUCCAGCUCCAGUUGAUUCCAGUUAUCAUCCUCGAACAAGAUUUCCAUUUAUAGAGAUUCAGAACACAAAGCGAUUUCCAGCUCCAGUUGAUUCCAAUUAUCAUCUUCAAACAAGACUUCCAUUUGAAGAGAUUCACAACAUGGAGCGAUUUCCACCUCCAGUUGGUUCCAAUUAUCAUCCUCAAACAAGACUUCCAUUUGAAGAGAUUCACAACAUGGAGCGAAUUCCAGCUCCUGUUGAUCUCAAUUAUCAUCCUCGAGCAAGUCUUGUUCAAAAGCCAAGUCAACUCAACUAUUACCCUCAGACAAGUCCCUUUCCAAAAACAGAUCAACUUGAUCAUUAUCCUCAGACAAGUCUCUUUCCAAAAGCGAAUCAACUCAAUCAUUUUCCUCAAAGAGUUGCUUCUUUUGCUGACUACUAUCAUUAUGCUCGCGAUACGACACAGGACACUCAAAGAUUGCUACAACCACCAAUGGAGUCAAGUUACAACCAAUUUUCACAACAGUGGCCGAUUCCAACUAGUCGUAGGCUUUGUUUGACAGAACACCAUAGAAGAACAAUGGAUGUUGCUCCUUCCAUGCCACUUGGUGCUAGAAGUGAUGGCUACCAUCAAUAUCAACAAGUAUUAGAAAGAAGCUCAACAUAUUUGCAAGAAGAACUUUAUGGAAAUGCUCAGAGGUCAAGUGAUUGUUAUGAUAUAGCAAGACAUGACUUGGAGAGGUACAAUGCUGAAGUGCCUAGGAGAGGUUUAUUAGAGAAAUAUAUGAUACGCAGCGAGUAUGUUGAUGCUGCAUAG